AUAACGUUGCUUGAUAGCAAUGGCCAAGUACAGGUGCAUUCUCCACGCUCUGAUCCGGUGAUUUCUGACCCAGAAGCUCUUGAUGUGCCUCACAACGUUACACACUACAAGCAAUAUCCACCUAAUACAAGCAAAGUAUAUUCCUACUUUGAAUGUCGUGAAAAGAAGACGGAAAAUUCCAAAUUAAGGAAAGUGAAAUAUGAAGAAACUGUUUUUUAUGGUUUGCAGUACAUUCUGAAUAAAUACUUAAAAGGUAAAGUGGUGACCAAAGAGAAAAUCAAGGAAGCCAAAGAAGUAUAUAGGGAGCAUUUUCAAGAUGAUGUCUUCAAUGAAAAGGGAUGGAACUAUAUUCUGGAGAAAUACGAUGGCCAUCUUCCUAUAGAAAUAAAGGCUGUUCCUGAGGGCUCUGUAAUUCCCAGAGGAAAUGUUCUUUUUACGGUAGAAAACACAGAUCCAGAGUGCUACUGGCUCACAAAUUGGAUUGAGACUAUUCUUGUGCAGUCAUGGUAUCCAAUCACAGUGGCUACAAACUCUAGAGAGCAGAAAAAGAUUUUGGCCAAAUAUUUGCUAGAGACUUCUGGCAGCUUAGAAGGACUGGAGUAUAAACUGCAUGACUUCGGCUACAGAGGAGUUUCUUCACAAGAGACUGCGGGAAUAGGAGCUUCAGCUCAUUUGGUGAACUUCAAAGGAACAGACACUGUAGCAGGAAUUGCAUUAAUUAAAAAGUACUACGGUACAAAAGAUCCGGUUCCAGGAUAUUCUAUUCCAGCUGCUGAACACAGUACCAUAACAGCUUGGGGAAAAGAUCAUGAAAAAGAUGCUUUUGAACACAUAGUGACACAGUUUUCUUCAGUGCCUGUAUCUGUGGUUAGUGACAGCUACGACAUUUACAAUGCUUGUGAAAAAAUAUGGGGUGAUGACUUAAGGCAUAUAAUUGAAGCCCGAAGUCCAGAGGCACCACUUAUUAUUAGACCAGAUUCUGGGAAUCCCCUUGACACUGUUUUAAAGGUCUUGGAGAUCUUAGGGAAGAAGUUUCCCAUUACAGAGAACUCAAAGGGCUACAAGUUGCUGCCACCGUAUCUCAGAGUUAUUCAAGGGGAUGGUGUGGAUAUCAACACAUUGCAAGAGAUUGUGGAGGGAAUGAAGAAGAAUAAAUGGAGUAUUGAGAAUAUUGCCUUUGGAUCUGGUGGAGCUUUGUUGCAGAAACUAACCAGAGAUCUCUUAAACUGUUCCUUCAAAUGUAGUUACGUGGUGACCAACGGUCUCGGGGUAAAUGUCUUCAAGGAUCCGGUUGCUGAUCCGAACAAGAGGUCAAAGAAAGGCAGACUGUCGUUGCAUAGGACACCUGCUGGAGAUUACGUGACGCUUGAAGAAGGCAAGGGAGAUCUUGAAGAGUAUGGACAGGAUCUCCUUCAUACAGUAUUUAAGAAUGGAAAGGUAACGAAGUCAUAUUCAUUUGAUGAAGUAAGACAAAAUGCCAGGCUGAAGAACAGUGAACUAGAAGUGGCGUCUCACUAAGUUUCAUUCCAUGUCUGUGUAUGUGUGCGUGUAACAAGUACGUACUGCAUAGCUACUGGGUUUAUUGUACAGAUUUGUGUGUUUGUGUUCUAUGACAUUGUAGCCAAAUUAUUUGUUGGUUUAUGGACAUACUGCCCUAUCUUUUGCCAGUCUUUAGAAAAGAUGAAAUCAGGAAAUGGUACUUACAUUGUAAAACAUAUUUAAUGCUAAAGUGUGAUUUUUAGGGCCCUUUGCCAGUAGUGAUUCAAUCUGGUAUUGAUCUUUUCACAAAUGAGACAGAGCUGAGAAACUUUUUUAUAUAUAACAGAAUAUCACAAAAUGGAUUUACAUAAAAUUAUCAUGAUUGCUUUAUGUUUAUAUUUAACUUGUAUUUUUGUACAAACAAGAUUGUGUAAAAUAUAUUUAAAGUUUCAAUAAUUAAGUCUUUCCAACUUUUCAUGAUUUUUAUGAGCACAGACUUUCAAGAAAAUAUUUGGGGGGGGGAAUCCAUUGC